AUGGGUACAGAAAAUGUCAUUCAAGUGGGCGGUUUCUAUCAAGUGGACCAGUCCAAGCUGCUUCCAUCGAUCACCCCUACACAGCUCGAGGGGGCUCGGGUCGUCAUGGUGAGUGAGAUUGAUCAACACACAGUGUGCGUGGCGUGCCCAAGCAUUCACUCUCUGCACGCUCACAUCACUGAACAAGGCUAUCAAUUUGGGAAUCUGAUUCCCGCACUUGACGCGAGGUAUAUGAUGACUCCACAAGUGGCUGCCGAGGUGUUUUUCCGGAGAAUCCCAACCAAGGAAAUUGCAGAUCGGAGCAACAUUUGGAGCUUCUGGGCUUUCACACCAGCAGAGACAGCCACAAAUUACCAGACAAGUGUUGUGCCCAGCAGAGACAUUUGGACAGCGUCCAAAGAGGGCCCAUGCUGCUCGGAGCCAAAGUUCACUAGGAUGGUGCAGUGGGGCUCUAGCACUGAUAAGGAAGAAGUAAAAGCAAAAGCAGGAGAGAAGGGGAUAGAGGUAAUAGUGCUAGAUGAUGAUGAUGAUGAUAUUGAACAAGAAAACGAAGAAGAUUUGAACCUUAUGAGGAGUAGGAAGAAGAGGAAGCUCGAGGAUCCCGUUGCAAGGGCCAGAUGGCUUGCAGAGAGGUACAAGUUACAAAAUGAGAAGGUGGAAAAGCUGUCAAUUGAAGUUACAAAGCUGAAGAGAGAUGCGGCGGCUGCAGUCACCACUAUACUCAAAAACAAGGACAGAAAUGAAGCUGGCGUUGAAGACCCUUGUCGCACCCCACCACCUCCCGGUGAUAAUCCCACUCAUCAAGACCCCGCUUGUGCGAGAGAACUUAAAGAAGUCAGGGAAGAACUGGACAAACUAAGAGCAGGUAUUGGGAGAUUGUUAGAAAGGCCUAGCUCUGAGUCUUCUUCCUAA